GUGAAGCAUUUAAGAAAAUAAAAAUAAGCUGAGAUAUUACUGUAGACAUUUCGUUGUGAUAUAAGUGAAAUACAGUGAGAUCAUAACUUUACGAGCAAAAUGCCUAUUUCAUGCACACGAAAGUGCGGAAAAGAUGCAAUUCUCAAAAGACCUAAAACUGGGCAUGCUUUAUGCAAAGAAUGUUUUUUCUGUGCCUUUGAAUCCGAAAUUCACCAUACUAUAACAUUAGGUGAAUUAUUCAAACCAGGUGAUAAAGUUGCUGUUGGAGCAUCGGGAGGAAAAGAUUCAACUGUACUUGCCUAUGUUUUGAAAACAUUAAAUGAAAGAUACAAAUAUGGAAUUGAAUUGUUUCUUUUGUCUAUUGACGAAGGAAUUACUGGAUACAGGGAUGAUAGUUUAAAAACUGUUCAGCAGAAUAAAAAUGACUAUGGAUUACCAUUGAAAAUAUUAUCUUACAAAGAAUUAUAUGGAUGGACUAUGGAUGAAAUUGUAGCAGAAAUAGGUAAAAGGAAUAACUGCACAUUUUGUGGUGUUUUUCGGAGACAAGCAUUGGAUAGAGGUGCUGCUCUUUUGGGUGUAGAUUGCAUUGCAACAGGUCACAAUGCUGAUGACAUAGCAGAAACAGUUCUAAUGAAUAUCUUGCGUGGGGAUAUUGCAAGACUACAAAGAUGUACUUCCGUUAUUACUUCAGGGGCAGAUAGCAUAAAACGAUGUAAGCCACUCAAGUAUGCUUACGAGAAGGAGAUAGUGAUGUAUGCGUAUUUCAAACGUUUGGUAUACUUCUCAACUGAAUGUGUAUUUGCACCAAAUGCAUACAGAGGUCACGCAAGGACGUUUCUCAAGGAUUUAGAAAAAACUAGGCCCUCGUCUAUAUUAGAUAUAAUACAUUCUGGAGAAACAUUAGGAGUGAAAAAUACUGUGAAAAUGCCGGAACGAAGAAAUUGUUCUCGUUGUGGGUUCGUAUCGAGUCAAGAAAUAUGUAAAGCUUGCAUCAUGUUAGAAGGUUUGAACAGGGGAUUACCAAAACUUGGUAUUGGUAAGUCCAAUAAAGUGAAACAGAUGAUGAAUUCGUUUGAUUCACUUGCAAACAGUACAAACGAAAACGACAAGGACGAAAGUACUGAAAAAGAUAAACUAAAAGCUGUAGAAUUUUAAUGUUUUUAUAUACAUUCAUGUGUAUAAUAAAUCCAAAU